CAACAACAGGCCUAUUUUGCUGAUUCCGAAACCCUAAAAUCGUUUCUCUCAUUAUUUUGGCUUCGCUCUUCGUAUAAAACAACUCCUCUCAACGCAGCUCUCAUUUUCCUCGACCGCUCUGCAACUCUACAGCCAUGACCAAGGGAACUGGGAGCUUCGGAAAGAGGAGGAACAAGACACACACACUGUGUGUGAGGUGCGGCCGCCGCAGCUUCCACCUCCAGAAGAGUCGCUGCUCCGCCUGUGCUUAUCCUGCUGCUCGCAAGAGGACAUACAACUGGAGUGUGAAGGCUAUUCGCCGAAAGACGACCGGCACUGGGCGGAUGAGGUAUCUCCGCAACGUGCCCCGCAGAUUCAAGACCAACUUCAGAGAAGGUACUGAAGCUGCACCGAGGAAGAAGGCUGUUGCCGCGUCUGCUUAAGUGUUGAAGAGUGCUGUUGAUUGGAGUUUCUUUUGGUAAUUUUAUAGUACUAGAGAGCAAAUGAAUUUUGAAAGCUGUUUGGAUGGUGAUUUUGCCAGUUGGAAUCUUAGUUUCUUUAUAAUUAUGUUGGUGUACUUUGUUUUGAAUUUUAAUACAUAUGGCUGAAAGACCAAUCUUGUUCGUUUGCCUCGAA